AUGUCUCGUCCAGGUCCUACUUACGUGAACCCUAACAAAUUGUUCGAGGAUGACGAUGUUGACGAUGACACAUUCGUUAACAGUUUUAGAUCAAGAAUUCCACCUCCACAACAAAGUAGACCAGCACCUUCUGCAUACGGAAGUCAAAUUUCAGCUUUAGAACAACAAAGACAAGCUAUGUUACAAAGACAAAGAGAAAUCGAACAACGAACCUUGGAUUCAUCCUCGCGCAGCAUAGGCCUGUUGCGCGAGUCCGAACAAAUUGGAAUCGCUACCGCUGAAGAACUCAGUCGCCAGCGAGAGCAACUACAAAAUACGAACAGCCGUCUCGACGAAAUUAAUACAAAUUUAAACCACAGUCAAAAGCAUCUAAAUGGUAUUAAAUCAGUUUUCCACAGUUUCAGGAAUUACUUAUCUGGUAAACCGGAUCAAACACCUAGGCCUUCCCCUAGCACUAGGAAUGCAGGACCUAGCAGCAAACUGAAUGAUACAAUAGAUAAUCUGACGACACAAGCCACUGGUGAUGACCACUUCCGAUCACAUCCGGCUACAAGGUUGCGUGAAUUAGAUGGCAGUGCUCAGAUGAAUGCGCCUAUAAGUGACAGCCAGCGUUUCAACCAGGUUCUAGAUGCUAACCUAGAUGAAAUGGUACACACCAUAUCCAGACUUAAAGGCCUUGGAAUUGCUCUUGGUGAAGAAAUUGAACAGCAAAACGACCUCAUAGACACAAUCCAAGAUAAAGUUGAAGAUGCUGAUAUUAAGAUGAGCAAGCAAAACAAACUGAUGAAUAAAAUACUUGGUAAAUAA